AUGACUCCGACUCGCUCGUCCCCAUCGGCGACAGCCGCAGCGGCAGCGACGGCGACGACGACGACGACGACGGGUGGCGAAGAUCGCAUCUGCUACUACAAGGGUAAACACACAAACAGAUCAUGGCAACACCUCCCUCCCGAACUUGUCAGGUCGAUCGCCACCCACCUCCUCAUCGACCUCCAGUCUUCACACUACACGCCCCUUACUUGGGACGCAAAGGAACUCUGGCAUCCCCGAAUCGUCUACACCACUCUCUGCGAUGCCCUUGACUUGGAACGUAUCAUGCAGGUCACUCCCGCUUGGGCUGCUGCGCUCGAGACUCACUUCUUCUGGACCAAAGCAUGCACCGUCAUCGACCCGCACAGCGUCCUCGCUCAAUUCUCUAUCCUUCGUCCCAAACCACCACCACCUGGUUCGCCGCCCCCUCUGCACCACCAAUCACCAUACCGCCAUUUUCGCCAGAUAACUACACGAAGCUGCUACGUCUGUCGCAUCAAUGCUCCCUACACUUCCGCAGGUCUCGCCAACGUCAAACGCACCUUCCAGUCAUUGAAUUUGGGCACAAUCACUCUGUGUAGGGAACAUCGGAAAUCCACAUUUUGUGGAUUGUGUUUGAGGGAAGCACCCCCCAACGAAUGCGAUCCUCCUCAUCCCCUGCAGCAGCAGCAGCCACUUUUGUCUGCCUUGCAGGUAUCGGUACCGAUACAACCCUUCCAGACUGCAUCUGAUGUACAGGCUGGUGCGAUGAGAUUCGUACAGCAGCAACAACAUCACCAACUACCCCCACAUUUCCAACCUACAACAGUCCCAUCUCUCCCAUUCAACCCUGCCCUCAUGGUCUGCUGCGCCGAAAACGAAGACGACGAAACCUGGCCUGGUAUCGAAACAACUUGUCGGUCUUGUCGCAACGAGUGGCUGUGGCAGAGGAUAUCCUCGAGCGCUAGAGAUAGAGAGGCUGUUGGCGGUCCCAGGUUUGGCGCCGCUGUGUUUCGGUCUCCUUCCGCUAGGUCUCAUUCGCAUGUCGCGAAAGCGGGACGACGUCGUUCUGAUUCUUCUCGUUCGUCACAUCAUACCCUCGAUAGUAGUAACGAUAAUAACGCGGACAAAGGCAUCUCGAUGUUACUUACUCGUUCCCCUCCCUUUAAAUACGCCUCUCCCGAUUGGGAGACGCGUCAGACCGUCGACGCAUUCAUUGAUCUUGGCGAAGGCUCCAUCUCUGAGGUGAUAGGUGUCGCAAGGGAAAAGUUUUGGCUGAGGAAGGAGACAAAGAUGGUCGCAUUAAUGGAGCAGGCUGUCGCCGCGACGAGGUGGGCAGGAGGGGAGAUUGGUGCUGAUGUCGUAGUGGGUGGCGAGACUGGGACCGGGGAAGUGGCAGCGCACCAGCAACGCGGACAGAAAGGCUGCUCGCCUUCUCUCCGAUCGCACGCAUCCUCUCCAUAUGAAGAAAUCGCAUCUCAAACCACGUCCCCAAACUCCCAUAUCUCCCAAGCCCCCCGCGCCAUCGAAUAUGACCACAACCAAGACCCAUCCUCUGAUGUCGAUGUCGAUCCUGACCUCGAGGACCUCGAGGAAGAGGAAGAGGAGGAAGACCCGGAACUCCUUUCCCUGACUGAGGAUGCCGGCGGUAUUCGCGAUCUCUCCAUUUCCGAUUGGGCACGCACGAGGAUCCUAGACGGACAUUGGGUGAACCCUGCGGAUCAGUGGUAUGGACACGCGUGGCCUGCCGGUGGAGGUGUCAGAGACGCGGGGGAGGAAACAGAGAGCGAACCGGAUUUGGAGGUGAAUAGUGCGGUUACUGUUGAUGUCGGGGCAAGGAUUGGAGGGAGGAAGGUAAGAAGAGUGAGAGCUGUGCAUCCGUGCCCGUGGACAGUUGCACCUUCGACUUCCAACCCCUCGUCCUUCUCUGAGGGUUCCCUGAGCGCGAACCCAAAUGCAGACGGUGAUCCAGACCCAAAUUCGAACCACGAAGACACCCGUGAUGAAAAAGAACAACAGGAAGAGGAGGACAUCCAUCCUCGAAUGACCACUGUUCGAUCACACGCUCCACCCUCGUUCUCGCUCUGCGAACAGGCAUACCGCGCGUAUCAAAAACAAUUGAGGGACAUCCUUUUGCCUGCGAUGGUGAACCUAGUGCGGAAGAUCGUCGUCGAGGCUAUGUAUGGUGUAAGGGGUUGGUCGCGGUUCGACCGCGAUGGUGGUUGUGAACGAAGCUCGCCUGAGGGAGUGGGACGUGGGCAGAGAGGAGUCGUCGACCCCGCUGUAAAAGUCGCAAGGAUGGGCAUGGAAGAGGUUCUUGAGGGGUUAAGACAACCCGGUGUGUGGUUUGAGGGAUAUGAUUGGGUGGCUUUGGCCUUACCAUCCUCGACAUCAUCAUCAUCACCGUCCUCAUCUCCCUCCGAGCCCGGCGGGAAUACGAAAUUUGGAGGGGAAACUACAAAAACUGAGGAACGAGAGGAGGACACGAAUAGCAGCACGUCAGACAGAAGCGAUACCUCGUCGCAUACGACGAGUCCUGUAUUAUCGACGACGACGUUACAGACGACGCCGUCGCCUCCUCCUGCCCGUGGGCAGCUGGAGAAACGAGGAGGGAAAGUUAUUCCACCACCACGUGUUCCACGGCCUGCAAUAUCGACUCGGACGACGAGCCCUUCUGUUUCGGGCUCCGUGACGUCUGCCACGGGGACUGAUGCCAGCCCUAAUACUGCUACCGCGACCGGGACCAAGACUCCGAAGCCUACCUAUUCGCCACCGAUACAAAUAUCCCCGACGUUGGCGCGUCCGAGACUUUUACACCCCAUCCCUUAUAUCCCUGUCACCCUUGCGUUUAUGCCACAAUUUAGCUUGGAGGCCUUCAGAAUGGCUUGGCGGGAAGCGUGUGCUCCACUUUUCCAUUGUCGAUGCUCGAUAUGUGAGCGGGCCAUCCUGAACGCGAAUGCGAAUGCGAACGUGGGCACUGGAAAUACCAAUACCAAUGCCGUUUCGACACAGCAGCAACAACAAGCCCCCGCGCAGAAUGUGCGUCACGAGGUGUACCAAGACCAGCAUCAUCAUCAGCAACAACAAUGUCCGCCACAAGUUGUGUUAGAAGAGGUGCAACUGCGUUCUCAUCCUGAGGUUGUCGCGCAUGAAGAAGAGGAGGAAGAGGAGGAAUACUACGAGGAAGAAGAAGAGGAGGAGGAGGAGGAGGGAGAGGAGGAAGAGGAAGAGAGUGAAGAGGAGGACGAGCAAGGGGAUGCUGAUGCUGAUCCUCCACCGCUUGCUAGUCGUCAUGAUCAUGGUCGUGAGCAUGCAGUCACACCUAAGAAACGGUCCUGUGGUGAUUUGGAUGCUGAGAAUCAGACAGAGGAAGGAGUCGGCGUGCCAAGAGUAGGUACCCCCCCGAAACGGGCGCGUAUGGAUGCCGUGGUGGUUUCUGGCGUUCUGGACGUGUCCUCUGUUACCCCCUUGCCCACCCAUAAACCAGAAGCAGUGGGUUCGGACCCCGCCACAACUGCUGAUACUGCGACCCCUCGGCAACGGAAACGGUCGUCUGAGGAGUUGGAGGUGAGCGGUGACGGCGGCGGCCAGACGGAUUCCGCUUCGUCAGCAGACAACCAUGCUGACCCAAUGCAGAUGGGCUCGUUGCAGAAACGGUUACGUGUUGAACCUGCAAGCGCUGCUAUUGUUGAUGCAGGUGGACGUGACAGAAAGACAUCGACUCCCCGCUCGUUAUCGACGACUCCGCCCUCGUCUGUCACCGCUGUGAGCAGCAGCCUUCCAUCCCCCGAAGAGGACCGUGGUAGUGAUGACAGGAAGAAGACCAGAGGAAGAGGGGGAUGUGUAGAUGUGAGUAUGCAACGAAGCGGUGGCGCGGGCGUUGUGAAGACAGGAUUAGUUAUGGGGGGCGAGUUAGAUGGACUGUAUGUGUUUGAGGAAGUGUGAGCGGCACUAUUUUCUAUUUCGAUAUCCUCUUGAAUGUGCUGCUCUGUGGGUGCUUUAUCCUUUUGACUUCCGAUGUUUGGCGAUUUUUUCUGUAGUAUGUAUCUCCAAACCAUUGUAUAGUAUACCAGUCAUCUUUGCAGGUGUGCAUUUCCCAGUUUUGAACUAGAUUUAAGUGCCGAAUUUCUUCGGCAGAAGCCUUGAUUACAAACUGAG